UGCCUAUUUGCAUGGCCCGAAGAGAGACUAUUUUUGGGCUAGCCGAACCCCUUUAGCUGGGGCGAGCACAGACAACAGUUAAAAAACAAUUGGCAAGUGGCACGCGAAUCGUUGUCUUCCGCCACCUCUUACUCCUCCUUCCCCUUACCGAAGCAAUUGCCACCCAUCUGAUAGCAUUAACCCAGUGCGCGUGGAGUGCAAGGACUUUGGCCCCAUGUGGCGGUGCUCAGUCCCCCAAUUGUUUCAUUGAGGAAGUUAUUUGUUUACACGUGUUUCGGUUGCCAGGACAACGUGCCAGGUGCCAGGACAUUCCAAUGCAAAAGUCAGAAGCAAAAUCGAAUCGAAUGUGGCGAGUUUGAAGGAAUUUCAUAGACUUUCUGUCUUACAUUCAGUUUGGGAGUUUUCAGUUCAGUAGUUGCCUUAGCCUUGCGACGUGGUGGUGGAGCUUCAACGGAGCUUCUUGUCUUCUUGUGACGUCAACUCGUGGUGCAAUGAACCGAGUGUAGACAUGAUUACGGGGCCGGAAGCAAGACAAACGCACAGGUUGUUGGACUUGAAGAAGCAGCAAUGGGCUAAGGAACGAGAGGAAAUCGCGCGCAUGGAUCAAAUGUAUCAUCAUCAGCACACUUCGUCCACAUCGCACCACAAAAUCGAACGCACCUCCAUACGCACGUAUUACUCGAAUUUGGAUCUCAGCCAGAGUUCCUCUACAUCGAAUCAAACCUCCAGCCACGCCUCCCGCCCACAGCCGCCACAAGCAAUGCAGCUGCUGGUGCGUCAACCUCAAGCUGGAGCACUCACUCCCAGCUAUCGUCAGAUGCAGCGACAACGCAGCGAGGAUUACAUGAAUCAGCUGGAGCGCUACAUCGAUGACUUCGAUGGCGAGCUGGACGUGGCUGGUGAUGCGGAUUUCGAGGAUGAUGAGCUGCUCUAUCGACGCCAGCGACGUGGCAGCUAUGCGCCUGGCAUGUCGGCCAGACAAUUGCCUCUUCAAGCACCUGGACGCUAUGUGGAGCUGGUGCCCACUUCGCUGCAGACGGCCAAGGGACGCAUGCAACAUCCGGGAGUGCAACAGCAGCAGCAGAGAUUGAGGAGUCCCAGUUUACCAACCUUGAGGCAGCGGGAUUACGCGGGCAGACAACAGCAGCAGCAGCAGCAGCAAAAGGCGGCCAAUCAACUUGGCAACGUGAAGGGAGCAAACAUUGAUCCUGGCAACGGCAACGGGGAAUGGCAAUCGAUUAAACAACAACAAUCCGGGCAAUGGGAAUCCCAAUCAGGCCUCGGUUGUCGUUGCCAGGAAGAGGACACUUCUGGCUAUCUCAGCGAUACGCCCAAGAACACGCACACUCCAGACAUUUGGUAUAACGACGCCGCCAGCCAAAAUGGGAGCAUUAGUGGCAUGGGCAGCGCCAGUCAGGCGGACGAGAGCCUCCUCAGCGCUGCCAUCGCCGGGCGACGUCUUCGGCGAUCGAUACAGGGUGCUGCCACGCCCACGCCCACCCUCACGCCCAGCUGUGGGCCACAGCAGGCAUUGAACCAUGCAUAUGCCAUUAAGGGACGACGUGUGCCAGGGCAGGGUCACGUCUACGAACCCCUCGCUGCCGACGGCUACCUCGCCGACGGUUGCUGCUAUCUGGCGGCGCCGCCGAGUUCAUCGAACAUGAGUCUCAGCCGGGAUGUGUCCACGUCGAACACGUAUCAGGUGCACAUCAGCAACACCUCGGAGCACGGCGACUUCUAUGUCCACGAGCAGCACGAAAGAGAGCGCGCCCGCUGGGCCAACUACAAUGCACAGCAGCAGCAGCAGCAACAUUCACAGCAGCAACAUCAACAGCAGCAGGUGGGAAUGCCACCGGCUGGCUGGUUGAGUCGUGGCAUGCACGAUCUGAAGGACAGCGAGGAUGAUGUGCAGUCGGUGCAAUCCUCGUCGACUUAUUUACGUGGCCAGAAUGCGCCACUCGAUGCCCAGACGCUGGCCGAGCGCAUGGAUAAACGUCGCAAGGCGGCCGAGUAUCACAAUGCGAUCAAGAAGCAGCUGCACGAACGGGAGCUGAUACGCAAGUGGGAGCUGGAGCGGCAUCGUCAGGAGGAACAACUCGAGGAGCAACGCAUGCGACGCCAGAAGCAGUUGGAGCAGGAGCGUCUGGAAUACGAGAGACGUCAACUACAGGAGCGCGAGGAGGUGCAGAAGAAGAAGCAGAUGGUCAUGCUGGAUGCCAUAGCAAAGGCCGAGGUGGCGGCCAAAAUCGAGAAGCAAAAGAAGCGUCUCAAACGUGUGCCACCGCUGGAGCAGGGACAAAGUCUGGAACAGGCUGAUAAGCCGGAGUUGCUGCAAGUGCUCUCCGUGGAGGAGGUGGAGGAAAUAGAGGAGGAAGUGGGAGAGAGUGAGGAGCCAGACUGUUCACACACGCCACGAGCAGCGCCGCCGCCACAACCAGCAGCAGCAGCAACAGCAACAGCAGCAGCACCUGCUCCUUCAGUUGUCACCGAGGAGAAAGUAUUGAUUGGUACUCCGAUUAAUCUGCGACGCACCAUCACCAAGCCAAUCAAGCAGCCAGCAACUGAAGCAAGUACUGAGGAGGAGAAUCUGGCGCUGCUGAUGCAGCCUGCCACAUUGAUACCGCUGCCCGUGACCAGUGACAUUUUUGGCCUGCAGAAUGCGAUUGGCAAUCUGCAGAUUGCCACCUACUUCAUGCAACAGCCACAGGCACCGAUGAAGCCGCCUUCAACGGGAGCUCACAUGGAGCAGAGCUACUCGAAGGCGACGAUGACACAGCGCACGGAUACUUCUAUCUGCACGGAGGAUGGCUACCAGGCGGAGAAGGAGGAGGAGGACGAGGAGCCGCUGCACACGGCGCGUUCAGCGCUGCAGACAGCCAGCGGUUGCUUCUCGCCCGACUCACUUGAAGUAGACAUAGCGCCAGUGGUCGCGGAGCAGGACAAGCUGGCACUGAUGCCGCUCAAGACACCGCUGCAAGAGACAGUUAGCGGAGUUGGCGGCUGUUCGUCUGCAAGCAGGCAGCGAAGUGGGAGCCAAACGGAUGUGGAGACACAAACGGAGUUGCCACUGAACUGUGAUCUCUGUCUGUUCCACGACAACUUCUACAAGGUGUUGUUGAAGCGUGAGGUGUCCACGACGACCACAACGCAAACUUCGAAGACGCAGACACAGCCGGCCAAGGAGUCGACGGCGGAAAAGGAUCACGAGACGACGACCACAACAACAACGACUACGACAACAACUUUUAAGGCGAAGAGCAAGGACAAGGAGAAGGAGAAAAACAAGCGGAAUAUGGGCAAAGAGAAGGAUGCCAACAAGAUGGAUGAUAGACCCAAGUGGGGCGUCAAUCGACCUGUUGUCCAGUAUGUCAAGGCCAGCGAUCGCGAUCCUUUCUGUCUGCGCAAGAAGAAGAAUCACGUGGCCAUUGCAAAGCCGCCACGCUCUCAGUCCAUGGACUCACGCCUCGAUACGGUUGUGGUGCUGCCCGAGGAUCAGUUGGGUCAUGGCGACACAAUCAUCACAGGCGCCCAGCACGAAGAGGAGGAAGAGGGAUUCCUACUCAAGGCACGCAACGUUUGCACCGAAAUAUUGCCGAUUAAAACGGAUGAGAAGGGUCGCAUCUUCCUCAACUUUAGGGAGGCGAGUGCCAUCAUGAACGAGGACGAGAUCAAGGACAAGCUGCGGCAGAAGUACUUCAACUUUGGCCGAAUCCUGCCAAGGCGCAGCUGGGCCUCGGCCACACAGCACGGUCUGCCUUACAGUGUGACCGCAGCCACAGCAACUGCUCCGCCAGCGACAAUUGCAACUGUCGGCGAUCUAGCGGAUGAUUGAAACUAUCUCUGCAAACUAAACUAAACACAAACUAACCAACUCUCAUGUGCACAGACCAACAACUAAUAGCAAGACUAAGUUCUACUUUGUAAAAUUAUAUUCUCGUAAU